AAGGCUAUUUUUCAUAUUCGUGUGGUAGUUGAUGUUUGUCGAAAACAAAAACUCAAAGUGUGAUGUCUCGAUUCACCACAGUUCUAGCUGUAGCGGCUAUAGCGGUGGCAUUUUGGUACAUUUUUAACUGGCUGCAGCCUACGAAACCACCACAGCUAGAUCCCAACGCGUGGUGGGGACCGAUCGAGCUGAAAGGCAGAGAAGACAUUAGCAUAAGGCCCUUUGAAAUUAAAUUCGAAAAGAAGGUAAUCGACGAUUUGAAAUAUCGUCUCAAGAAUCAUCGACCCUUCGCCCCGCCACUAGAGGGUGUGACCUUCGAAUACGGCUUCAACACGGCUGCCCUAGAACCCUGGCUGAAAUACUGGGCCGAGGAGUAUAAAUUCGCUGACCGAGAAAAGUUCUUUAAUCAGUUUCCACAUUUCAAGACCAGCAUCAAGGGCCUGGAUAUUCAUUUCAUCAGAGUUAAGCCGCAGGUAUCUGCAGGAGUCCAGACUCUGCCCCUUCUUCUGUUACAUGGCUGGCCAGGUUCCGUCAGAGAGUUCUAUGAAGCCAUCCCCCUGCUGACCAGUCAAAAUUCUGGGUAUGAUUUUGCCUUUGAAGUCAUAGUCCCGAGUCUACCCGGAUAUGGUUUUUCUGAUGCUGCAGUGAGACCAGGCUUAUCUUUGCCGUACGUAGCAGAUAUCUUCAGAAUAUUAAUGAAAAGAUUGGGUCAUGAUAAAUUUUACAUACAAGGGGGAGAUUGGGGCGCAGCCAUUGCCUCGGCCAUGGUUACCCUAUUCCCUGAAGAUGUUCUUGGACAUCACAGUAAUUCAGCUGUUACACAGCAUCCUCACGCCCUGCUCAGAACUCUGCUUGGUGCUUUAAUACCGUCACUAAUAGUGGAAGAUCAUCUAGCCGAAAGAAUGUAUCCACUUUCAAAACAUCUGGCGUACUUGUUGGAAGAAUUCGGAUACUUUCACUUACAAGCCACAAAGCCUGAUACAGUAGGUGUUUCCCUGACGGAUUCUCCAUCAGGUCUUCUAGCGUAUAUUUUAGAGAAAUUCGCGGUUUGGACGCGCAAGGAGCACAAGUUUAAGAGUGACGGCGGUCUCGGCUUCAGGUUUAGCAAGGAAAAGCUGAUAGAUAAUCUAAUGGUCUACUGGAUUACCAACUCUAUUACAAGCUCAAUGAGAUUCUAUUCCGAAAACAUGAGUAACAAAUUCAGGGAAAUGAAUUUGGAAGCUUUUACAUCACCCGUUCCCACGUGGGCUCUCCAGGCCAGAGACGAGCUGGUCUAUCAGCCGCCUGCAGUUUUACGUGCGAAGUACCUGAAUCUCCUCAACGUGACGGUUUUAGACGACGGCGGACAUUUCUUGGCUUUGGAACUUCCUGAGGUGUUCGCGGAAGACGUUUUCAAGGCGGUUCACGCGUUCAAGCAGUGGCGUUCUACUCAUUCCAAGACUGAUCAUUAGUUUUUGACGUGACAACGUCUUAUAAUUCGAUGGAGCCGGCUGCACGCACGAAAAAGCAUGACUCAUUGAGGCGUUCCAUUUAAGGCUUGAAGUGCAAGCGAGAGCGCGCAACGAGCGACAAAGAGGCACAAUCGGCCUCCGCGUUCGGCAGCGUUCGACAUCUGUCUCUCUCCUACUUGAGCGAGCGAUGCAUCCGCGUGGACAGCUGCUAUACAAUAAUACAUAUUUACAUGUUUUCGUCAAGUAUGAAGUUCAGUGAAAAGUGAAUGUGGUGUCAAUUGUUUAUAGCAACGAUAAUUGCGAUAAUUGAAAAAUUUAACCCAUUCAUCAGUAUUUUCUUAUGACGUUGUCACGUUCAACUGUCGUCAGUAAACCGACUUUACAGACAACCGAUUUUUUUAAUAAAAAGUUUUCGUCUA